CCAGCUUCCUGUUUGGGUUGCUGACUGCGAUGAACCAUUUGAGCCCCGAAUAGACCAUUUUCUGUUUAUCUUAGCGUCUAUUUAUCAAAUUUUUUUUUGUCAAAGAUAGUCAAUUAUUAACGAUUGAAGAUGUCCGACCCGGGAAACCGACUCCGCAAGCUGCUGGAGUCGCCCAAUUUCCACCCUCAGAAUUACGUGAAGCAGCUGUCCCAGCAAUCGGACGGCGACCGAGACCUUCAGGAGCACCGGCAGAAGAUCCAAAACUUGGCCGACGAGACGGCCCAGAACCUGAAGAAGAACGUCUACAAAAACUACCGGCAGUUCAUCGAGACGGCCAAGGAGAUCUCGUACCUGGAGAGCGAGAUGUACCAGCUGAGCCACAUCCUGACGGAGCAGAAGAGCAUCAUGGAGAGCAUCACGCAGGCUCUGCUGUCCACCGACAAGGACGAGACCUCCAAGGAAAUGCAGGCCGCCUUCCCCAAGGAGAGCGAGGAGCUGAAGCAGAGGAGCCUCACCUCGCUUCUGGAGAAGGUGGAGGGCGGCAAGACCAUCAUGGACACGCCCGGGAGGCACCUGGUGUACAACGGCGACCUAGUAGAGUUCGACGUGGACAACAUGUCCCCCGUCCAGAAGGUGCACGCCUUCCUCAUGAACGACUGCCUACUGAUCGCCACCUGGCUGGCCAACCGGCGCGGGGCCGUCAAGUACAAGUACAACGCCUUGUACGACCUGGAGAGCUUCGCCGUGGUCAACGUCAAGGACAACCCGCCCAUGAAGGACAUGUUCAAGAUCCUCAUGUUCCCAGACAGCCGCAUCUUCCAGGCGGAGAACAGCAAGAUCAAGAAGGAGUGGCUGGAGAUCCUGGACGAGACCAAGAAGAACAAAGCCAGCAAGGAGCGGGGCAAGAAGGAAGAGGAGAUGCCGACGUCGCCCGUUCGGGCCGAAGUGUCCACCAACCCUUUUGACCAGGAUGACGACGAGCAGGGAGAGGUGGAGGAGAGCGUGGACCUCGGUCUGGAAUGGAUCCAGGAGCUGCCCGAGGACCUGGACGUGUGCAUCGCCCAGAGGGACUUUGAGGGCGCCGUGGACCUGCUGGACAAGCUCAACGAGUACUUGAAAGAGGAGCCGCUCACGCCCAAGGUGAAGGAGCUGCGGGCCAAGGUGGACGAGCGAGUGAGGCAGCUGACCGACGUCCUCGUCUUCGAGCUGUCCCCGGAUCGCUCGCUACGCGGCGGGCCUCAGGCUACCAGGCGGGCUGUGUCGCAGCUCAUCAGGCUAGGCCAGUCCACCAAGGCGUGCGAGCUGUUCCUGAAGAACCGCGCGGCGGCUGUGCACACGGCCAUCCGGCAGCUGCGCAUCGAGGGCGCCACGCUGCUCUACAUACACAAGCUCUGCAACAUCUUCUUCACCGGCCUGCUGGAGACGGCCAAGGAGUUCCAGAUGGACUUCGCCGGCAGCACGGGCUGUUACUCGGCCUUCGUGGCGUGGUCCCGCUCGGCCAUGACGAUGUUCGUGGACGCCUUCAGCAAACAGGUGUUCGAGAGCAAGGAGAGCCUGUCGACGGCGUCCGAGUGCGUGAAGGUGGCCAAGCAGCACUGUCUCCAGCUGACCGAGAUCGGCCUGGACCUGACCUUCACGCUGGAGUCUCUGCUGGUGAAGGACGUGAAGGCGGCCCUGCUCAGCUACAAGGACGUCAUCGUGGAGGCCAGCAAGCAUCGCAACUCCGAGGAGAUGUGGAGGAGGAUGAACCUCAUGACACCGGAGGCGCUCGGCAAGCUCAAGGAGGAGAUGCGCGCGAGUGGCAUGUCGACGUUCGACGCGUACACGGGCGCCGACUGCUGGGUGAACCUGAGCUACACGCUGGUGGCCUUCACCAAGCAGCUCCUGAGCUUCCUGGAGGAGGCCCUGAAGCUCUACUUCCCCGAGCUGCACACGGUGCUGCUGGAGAGCCUGCGCGAGAUCGUGCUGGUGGCCGUGCAGCACGUGGACUACAGCCUGCGCUGCGAGCAGGACGCCGACAAGAAGGCCUUCGUGCUGCUCAACGCCGCCUUCCUGCACGACUGCGUGCUGCCCGAGGUGGAGCGCCGCUUCGAGGAGGCCGUGGGAAAGCCCGCCAAGCAACUGCGGGACCUCCGCAAGAGCAUCCGGCCCGUCAGGAUCAACCCUGAGAGCACCACGUCCCUCGUCUGACCAACUCUGUGCUCACCUUUUCACCCAUUGGACGAGAAAAGGGAUGGAAAAGGGGGGAAAAUCUCCAUUACAUUUCUGGAAAGUGUCACGUAAAUUUCCGUGGCAAUUUAAGAGAAGGAUUUUGGAAAUCCAGUGAACCCCUGCUUAUAAAAACAUAGUAAUAAUAGUUCAAUGUAAUGUAUCAUGAUUGAUUCAUUGCUGCGCUUUCUGGUGUGCGUGACCUGGCCACCGGGGGGCAGUAUAAUAGUCAUCCAGACAGACGAGUUUCACAACUACUGUGACUCAAUCAGCUGCACUAGCGAAUUCGCCGGCAGGGCCUCGAGUUUGACCGUUAAUUUUGACAAAAAUAGUCCUUUGCUGCCAUCUGGUAGCAUCUACAGGAAAUCACUCGCAGAUUUUCACUAUCGGUGGCACUUUUCCUAACGGGAAAACCUUGCAAGUUGGAGCACUCGUAACUCAAGGUACCACUGUACUUGCUGCAAAUCUGCUUGGUGUAGUCAGUAUUUCCCUACGAAGAAUCAAACUACAAUUUUGUAAAUUUAUUCCCAUAAAUUCCAGCUCAUUUUCAUAAUUUCUCGCAGAAAAUAUCCAAUUUAGGAAAUUCCCAGCAUUUCGCAAGCCAAACGGAAAGCGAUGCUUGGAAAUUAACUCUCACGACAACAUUUCCUCUUCAAGCAAAGACAUUUGAAAGAAGACGUUUUGUCCCCUCUGCGGAUAGUCUGAUUAACCGUAUCAUGAGAUAUGCAACAUGGACACUUUAUUAGGUUCACCCGCACAAUCCAAAACGAGCCGAUACAAGAAUUCUGCCCUUGUUCGCUUUUUUGGUUUGUUUUUUGUUCGUCUCACACACACACAGUAUGUCGCUGUGUUGACUACAACUAUUUGGUCAUCAAAAGUUAGCAUUAAUAUCUUUGUCCGGGGACAUUUUUUUUGUAUUAAAUCCCCCUAUAUUGUGCACUGCCCUCUGAGUGUAAAUUAGAAGCCAAAAAGUCAAUUGAAUGCUUCUUAAUUAGUGUAUAUGCACCUUUCUUAACGUCUUUGUUGAUUUCAUACCCGCAAAAUGUUAGUUAUUAGGACAUGGACAAAUAUUCCAGCAUAAUACAACAGAUUGAUAUGAAAAGGGAUGACUGAUAUUAUAAAAGGAUAUAAAUGCACUAAAUACUGACUGCUGUACUAGUACUUGUAUAUGGGAAUAAUAAUUUUGACAUGCUUUAUGGUUCCCACCACCCAUAUCCUGUUUUGCCGUCACUGGUACCCUUCUUUAGCA